GUUUGCAAUCAUUAGCUUUGCAUAUGUUUAAAUUUUAAGCAUUGGCAGGAUGUCUACUUGAUUCGUAUGGCUUCUUUAGUUGAAAUACACGACGUAUUACAGAAUAUAAGUAGACAGUAUGAGGUGGAAAAUAUUCUGACGUGGGCAAACCGUGUCUGUCCGGCACAUCAUGAAAGGGGCCCUCCACUUUCACUUAAACCUAUUUUAUGCCUUGAGAAUGCUGCUUGCGUCGGUGAAUUUUAUAUGGCGUUUGAAGGAAUGCUAUUCGAACAGCAGUAUGAAGAAGGACAAGGCAGUGUGGGCAAAGCACUUAAAUAUAAUCAACCUUUCUACGUGCCUGACAUUUCUGAGUCGAGAGAAAAUGUUUGCCCAUAUAUUUCUAUUGACAGUUGGAGAAAGGAUCAUUUUCUUGGUGCUCUUGCAAUUAAGCUUAGCAGUACUGCUUGCAGCAGCUGUGGAAAUUAUGUAGUCGAGUUUUUGUUUAGACGUUGUAAGCUGACACCUGAGACACAAAAGCGGUUGGGCCCUCUAUUUGAUCUAGCUGAGGAUGACAUUGCAGUUUCAAAUACCACGCUCGUGAGAAGCAAUCCUCCAUAUCAAUCAACUAGUGAUUUCAAUUUAAAUCUGACUAACCAGACAGUUGGAAAUGUUAUGGAUGGGCAAUUGCCUAUGCAACAGCUACAUUACACUGGAGUUUUAGAUGCUAUGCCCACACAAGGCAAUCUACUAGCUCAAUCAACUGAUGUUGUGGUUAACCCAAGAGAUGGGAAUGUUUUGCAAUGGCCUCAUGAACAGGGUCCUAUUCAGCUACAUGUAAGUGCAACUUCAGAUAUCGAGGCCUCGAGAGAGAAUAUAGUGGCUCCACCAAUUGGUGAUUUCAAUUUAAAUGGAAGAAUAUCCUCUAGUGGGAAUAAUCAAAUAGCUGAAUAUCAUGUUACAGAUAUACAAGUGCCUCAUAAACAGCCGAAGUUUGAGUUUCAAUCUGAAAAAGAUCUUGAACCUCACAUACUUCAUGUCUACAAUGAAGAGAAGCAUAAACUUUCGCACUUUAUUGAUGAUAGUUGGGAAUUGAAGAAGAAGGUUCUUGCUUUUAAAAGAUUUGAGAAUGAUUUUGGUGCAGUAUCAUGGUCUAAAGUUAAUGAGACGAUGCUUUCAAAUUGGAAUAUCAAUAAGGAACCACGUUCCCUAACAAUUCACAAUUCCUUCUCAAAUGAUGAGAUAGUUCACCAUGAGGAAAAUUUGCCUUCUAGUAUUUUCUACCUUAGUUAUGAUAAGUGCAUUAGUGACAUAAAUUAUAUGGCUACAGAUAUAUCUUUGAAAAGCAUUUAUCAAGUGUACAAGGAGAUGAAUCAUCUACAAAAUAAGGUUUAUACGUUGAUGAGUGUGGAAUGCAGUAACAAUUGGAGAAUCUGCAACUUAAUUUUGGCUGUUGUUACUAUUCUUCACCCAAACUUGAAGCUUAAAUUUGUGCAGUUUGUGUAUGAGGAAAUUUAUGGGGUUGUUGUUGCAAAGCAACACUUGAAUGAGAUUUUUGAUUUUCUUACAAGUGUUUAUGACGAAUAUGCAUAUGAUCAGACUAAUAAAAGAGAAGUCGCUACGGCUAUUGAUGAUACAAGUAGUUCAGCACAUCUCAAUGCUAAUGAUAGAGUGUUGAACUCCUUUAAGAAGUAUUUAGCAUCCAAACCAAAUCGCUUUAAAUUUCCAACGAUGGGGAAGAUGGCUUGUGACUUUUUAGCCAUACCUUUGUCAACCAUUCUGUCAAAUUCUGCAUUUACCACAGAGGUUAAAAAAAUUGUUUCCAACAAUAGUGAUCAAGAUUUGAAGAUCAUAAAUGCAAUCAUAUGCUCCCAAGACUGGUUAGCAUUAGUAAAAGCAUCAGCAAGCAAUGAGAAGAGUGAUGAGAAGUUAACAAGGGAGUGGAGAGUAUGGUUAGAAAAGGAUGUUCGGGAGCACUUGGUUUGGGAUUUUGCAAAAGAGGAUUCACAACUUUUGGAGAAUUGGGAGAGUCAUAAAAGCACAAGACAAUUGAAGAUCAAAGAAUCAGUCUUAACUCCUCUUGUCCUCCCUCUAGAUGAUGCCACUAUCCAAGCAAAUCCACAAUGGUAUUAUAUUGGGGAUGAGGACAUGCCUCACUUUCGGAAACGUAUGUUUCUUGAUUUGCAUAAUGGAAAAAUACAUGUUCCUGAAAGAAUGGAGGGUGAUGAUGGGAGUAUUGAGCACAACCAGCCUACUUGUUCAAGCAUAACGGACUCAUCAAAUCGCUCUGGUUCAAUUUUGCAUGGAAGUUCAUCAAGCUCAAGGUGCAUUGAGGAGGGAAAGCAUUCAAGAGUCAAGGAAAGUUGUGUUGACAGCAGAUCAAAAAUUACCUUCAAAGCUACUUACAAAGAGGACACCAUCCGAUUUAAGUUUGAGCCUUCAGCUGGAUGCUCCAAACUAUAUGAGGAAGUUGCAAAAAGGUUCAAAUUGCAAUACGGGUCAUUCCAGCUCAAAUACCUAGAUGAUGAAGAGGAAUGGGUAAUGUUGGUCAAUGACUCUGAUAUGCAGGAGUGUAUGGAAGUUUUGGAUGUCCUCAUGGGAUCGAAAUUGAAUCCCCAGCCAUUAGCUAAUAAUCCGCCACCAAAACCUUGGGAGCAAGGUGGUGCUGCUUCUGGCUCUUCACCUUUUAAACCUUCAUCAGCUGGCAGCACGAGUGAGAUAGUUGAAGCUUCAGGAACAGCAAGACCUGGAGAAAUUGUUUCUACUUCGAACAGAAAUACUACUGUUAAUAGAAAUCCUGUUGGUAGGCCUCUUCCUACGAGACCCCGGGAGAAAACCAAUGGGAGUAUGGGUAACAAUUAUGGAGGUUAUGGGUCUACUCCGAGCUAUAAUUCUGGGUAUGGUUCUGGAAUGUAUGGUUCGUAUGGUGGGCUUGGAGAAUUGUAUGGUGGCGGGAUGGAUGGUAACAGCAUGUAUAGGGGAGGGUAUGGUGGGCUCUAUGGUUCCGGGAUGUAUGGUGGUGGAUUGUAUAAUGGUGGUUUUGGAGGUACAAUGGGUGGUUUUGGCAUGGGAAUGGGCGGUCCUUAUGGAUUUCAAGACCCGAAUGAUCCAUACGGUGCACCUCCUCCUCCGCCAGGAUUUUGGAUAUCUGUCCUUAGAGUGUUGCAAGGUGUAGUCAACUUUUUUGGGAGGAUAUCAAUUCUAAUUGACCAGAAUACACAGGCCUUCCAUAUGUUUAUGACUGCACUUCUUCAGCUUUUUGAUCGCACUGGUUUAUUGUAUGGAGAGCUAGCAAGAUUUGUACUGAGGUUGCUUGGAAUCAGAACAAAGCCCAGAAGAGUACCCCCACCAGGUCCAAAUGGACAUCCUCUGCCUGGACCCAGUGGCACCACCAAUGCAACAAAUCACAUCGAGGGACCAAAGGGUGCUCCAAGUGGUUCUUGGGACAACGUCUGGGAAUAUGAUGCUGCUAAAUCACGCUGCUUUUCCCAUUUUUCCUGCUUUGUUAGAACCUCCAAGGGUCCUGAUACACUCUAAUCUCUCCCCCAUGUACUGCUUAAUGCAAUUCUAUAUUCGUUGAACCGUGUCACGUCCUGGAUUCAAUCAUG